GUAAACUAGAUUCAGAUGACAUUUCGAUUGGAUGUUUACUGUAAAAAAAAUGAAGAUUCUAUAAUUUUUUAAAAUAAUAAUUAAAUAAAAUAUUGUGUUAUAUGAAAUUUGAAAGAUAGAAGAUUUUAAUUGUCAAGUAUACAAGAAAUGGAAUAUCUUAUUCAGUAUUGUCGCUAGAUGGAAGGAAAUGACAAAUAUGGAGGUUGAUAACACGACUAAAAGUAAUUUAAAAACAAAUGAAAACAAACAAUUGACUGAGACCUGUGUAAUCGAAGCAGAAGUUAACGAAAUAAUUAAGUAUAUCACUGAUAAUGAACUUGUACAUUUUAAAAGCCAACAAAGAAAUGAGGAAGAUAUAUCUGUUGACAAGAAAAAAGAAAUUGCCUUAGAAAUUUUGGAACGUAGUAAAUCGAAUUUCCUUUCACGUUUUGGAAAAUAUUGUAAAGUAGAGCAUUUAGAUUAUUUUAAGCAGUUUUGUAACGAUGAGAAAGACGGUUACGAGAUACAAUUUUAUUUAAAUGAAUUAUCUCGAUAUCAUGACAAUAAUUUAAGGAAAAAAGAUAUAAAAAAUCGUCGAUACCAAGCACUUUUACAAAUGCAAACCAAUUCAUCGUAUUUUUCCGAGGUUGAAAUGAUGAAACGUAAUCCUUUAUUAUAUGAACAAUUAGUGGGUCAAUAUUUAACAGAAGAUGAAAGAAAAAUCCGUGACAAAAUGGCACCUGAAGAUUGUUCUUUUGUAAAUAUUUUAUUAGAAGGUUAUCAGAAAGAACAAACACAAAUUUUAAAACACAAGCAAGAAGAUUUUGAAAACGAAGUCAUGGAAGAAGAAAACGACGAAAGUGACGAUGAAAUUGUAAAUGAUAUCAAUUCAGACGAUUGUACCGAUUUUAGUAGAUUUGAUGUAUAUAAAACGGAUGAAUCGAAUAAACCAUCUACAUCACAACGAUGGGGUGAAUGGGAUAAUUUAGAAGAUCGUCGACAAGAUGAAAUUGCCAAUACCAUUGAUACCGUAAAACGGGAUAAAAAUUGGUUUUUAAUAAAUGCUAAUGAAAAACGAUUGCUAAAACAAGAAUUUGAAAGUUAUAUGUAUCAAAGUUUUCUUGAUGGCAAAGACAAUGAAUUUGAUUAUUCAAAAAUUGAUAAUGAUACAAGUUACGAUAAUAUUGAUGUUAAAACAAUCGAUGAUGAAGAGAAAUAUUUUGAUUCUGAAACGCCAGAAGAAAUUCAUGAAAUGGAUGAAGACAGUACAAAAAUAAAUAAUAUUCAGGAAAAUAAUAGUGAUUCAGAUGAUGAAUUAGAUAUAUUUAUGAAAGCUUUAAAUCAACAUCCAACUGUAUGCCAAUUAGCUAAUGAUUUAAAAAAAUACGAUACGGGAGAAAAAGAUAUUGCGUGUGAUGAAAAAUUUAAUGAUGCAAAUAAGUCAACGAUCGUUAAAAAUGAAAGUGUUAAAGAUGAACAACUGCAUACCGAGCUAAUUAUUAAAGAUGAUGACGAAGAGGGUACUAGUGAAAGUAAAAUAUUAGAAGAAAAUAAUUCGAGUGAUGAUGAAAUGGAAAUAUUUGGGCAACAAACCAAUAUACUUGAAUGUGGUGAAAAAUUUAAUGAUGCAAAUAACUCAACGGUCGUUAAAAGUGAAAGUUUUAAAGUAGAACAACUGCAUACAGAGCUAAUUAUAAAAGAUGAUGCUGAAGAGGGUACUAGUGAAAGUGAAAUACUAGAAGAUUCAAGUGAUGUUGGCUAUGAAAAUAGAGUAGGUGAUCAUACUCGAGAAAAUACAGCAGAAGAAUAUUUUCCAUGUAAUAUUUGUCAAAAAACAUUUAUUUCUGAAAAAAUUUUAUAUGCACAUCAACGACUUCAUACCGGGGAAAAACCAUUUUCAUUAUACUAA